ACCGCAAUGGCGAAAUGCAGCAAGAUCCGCAACAUCGUGUGGCUCCGGCAGACGCUGCGCCGGUGGCGGUCCCGCGCCGCUGCGCGGUCUUCGGCGGCGGUGGUGCCGGCUGGCCACGUGGCGGUGUGCGUGGGCGGCGCGUCGCGGCGGUUCGUGGUCCGCGCGGCGCACCUGAACCACCCGGUGUUCCGGGAGCUUCUGAGGCAGGCGGAGGAAGAGUACGGGUUCCCGACCGGCGCGGCGGGCCCCAUCGCGCUGCCCUGCUGCGACGAGGGCCUCUUCGAGCACGUCCUCCGCCACCUCUCCUCGUCCUCCCCGUCGGCGCGGUUCGUGACGCUCGAGGAGCUCAAGAGCGGCGGCGGCGUCUCGUGCUGCUGCGCCGCCGCCGGCGACGCGCUCCCGCUGCUCCGCGGCAUCUCCUCGGACAAGUUCGUGUGGUGA